AUGGCUCCUCCGCAGGGGAAGAAGAAGUCACAGGGGCGAAGAAAGAUCGAAAUGAAGCUGAUAGAGGAUGAAAAUGCCAGAACUGUGACGUUCUCCAAAAGAAGAGCCGGGCUGUUCAAGAAAGCCACAGAGCUUUCUGUUCUAUGUGGGACUCAGAUCGCCCUCAUAAUUUUCUCUCUUGGUGGUAGGGCCUAUUCGUUCGGCCACCCUGAUGUGGAAUCCAUCAUUGGUCGUUUCUUUAACAAAAAUCCAACAGCAACGGUGCCGGAGUCUUCUAGCUCCUCAAGGUAUCGCACCGCCAUGCUGCAGGAGAUGAAGGAGCAGUUUGAUGGAAAGAGCCAAGAACUGGAGACGAAGAAGAAGAGAGGGAAAGAGAUCGAAGCGGCCUUGGAAAGCUCGUCAUUUCAUACCACGGAUGAGGAGUUGGAUGGGCUUGAUUUUGAACAACUGCGUCAACUGAGAGGGAAGUUGGUGAAGAUGAGAGACGAGAUGCGUCGUCUUGCCAAUGCCAAUGCCUAUGCCGUAGCCAAUGUUCCACCAAUGCCAGUGCCAAUGCUCAAUCUAGCACAAGUUGCGAAAAGUCGAGGUGCUUCUAUGAUUCCAUCGGAUUGGCUGAAACUCUGA